CAUAAUUUUGUAUUACUUUGGGGGUUUUGGUUUCGAGAGUAUGCUGGAAAAAUUCAAUAUGGCUGUCUCCUGAAGCACCCGUUCGCCGAGGCAAAAUGAAUGGAUAAGUUGGAUAAUUGAUCAAACACAGCCAUGGCUGCAGGUGUGGCUAUUUUGACCUGCCAACCAAACUCGCAUCCAUUCCAAGAACGGCACAUAUCCUUGAUAGAGCCGGCCAAAAUUGGCCGCUCAGUGGCUCGAGCAAGACCAGCAUCCAACAAUGGCAUCUUCGACUGUAAAGUUCUCUCCCGAAAUCAUGCCAUGCUGUGGUAUGAAAAUGGCACGUUCUACCUCCAAGAUACCGAAGAGCAGCAAUGGCACUUUCAUUAACAAUCAACGCCUGUGUAAGGGCGGGGAGGAAAGUCCCGCUCGCGAAGUCUACUCUGGUGACCAGAUACAGUUCGGAGUCGACGUCAUGGAGAACAACCGCCGCGGUGAAAAAAUCACCCAUGGAUGUAUCAUAGCCACGAUCACACUGUUCCACCCCGACGGCAGGGAAGCCAAAAACAUUUAUUCAGAAUCGAGCCCAUUUGUGAAUACAAUCGCGCCUGGUAUCUCUAUACAGUCUCAGGAUCUCUACCAGUUGGCCCACUACUUACAGGAAGCUCUUCAUCGCGAAAAGAUGUUAGAACAGAAGCUGACUACACUACAGAAACUCCUAGAGAACACACAGGAAGCGUCAGAAACAGGAUGGCAGGCCCUAAUCACAGAAGAUCGACUUUUGUCUCGACUUGAUGUGUUGGAAAAUCAGCUUCACACCUACUCCAAGAAUCAUGCCGAGGAUUCACUACGACAAGAAGUGGUUACCUUGCAGGAAGAAAAACUUACUUAUGAAACGACUGCCAAGGAAUCACUUCGAAAAGUUUUACAAGAAAAAUUGGAGGCUGUGAGAAAAUUAUCCGACCUUGAGAGGUCGAUGGUGAACACUGAAGAAGAAUGUGGUCACCUUAAGGAUAUGUGCGAGAGAUCUCAGGAGGAACUGCAGCAGCUUGCUGAGAAAUACCAGGACCAGCUCAAGGAGGUCAAGGAGCUCCAGGACAAAUUGUCUGAAGCAGAGCGAAACUUGGUGGAUGAGACAGAAAAAGCUGAAAAAGAGAAAAUCUGUCUCCAAGAUAAGCUAGACGAAAUGGUUAAGGAGGAAGAUUUGCUCUCAGCCAAGUUGGAAUCCCUACAAGCUGACAACGAUAUCACCAUGAAUCAAUUAGCUGCAAUGAAAGCCAAGCUUGAAGCCCUGAAGGAGGAACCGUCCGAUAGCAACAAGGAAGUUGACGAAAAGACAGACGAUGAUGACGAGGAAAAGACGGAGGAUGACAACAAACUGGUCGACUCUAAUACAAUAGAUGAACAAAAUCAGAUAAUUCCGACCUCCCCGUCUCUCAAGGUGAUCAGGACUGAUGAUAUAGAAGGCAAACUAAAGGAAACACAACAACAGAUCGAAAAGUAUAAAGCCCAGCUCGAGGAAUCUGAUGCCAAACUGAAGGUCAGCAGUGAUCUCGUCGCCAAGCUACAGAAAGACCUAGAGGUUGCCAAGUCGGAGUCCAACCAGUAUGAAUCCAAGAUGUCUGCUCUUGAAGACAAGCUUAGGCUGUCCGAUUUACAUAUGAAUCAGAUGAUGGAAAACACCAUGGCCGAUUUAGAACUUCAAUUGAAAGAAUCUCACAGACAGUCUGAUAGCAGUAACGAGCUCAUCAAAGGUCUACAAGAUAAAGUCAACGACAUGGAGGGGGAGAUCAUCGACUACAAAGUACAGCAGGCAGGACGAGGGGACGUAACUCUUGUUGGAAAUGGAAGUGCUGAUGAAACGCUACACAACCACCUGGAUGGAAACCUUGACGACAACCAAAAUCUCAACGAUCUUCUGCUUGAAGCCAAAGAAUUACAGAAGAAGGCUGAAGUGGAGCUGAGGAAGCACAAAUCGGAACUUGAUGAGACGAAAAUGCGGGCUGAUACACUGCAAGAUCAACUUUCCAAGGCUGAGACGACGACCCAGGAGGUUAAGGAACAGAUACUUGACCUGAGAGACCGUCUUCUGGAGGAACAGGCACACACAAGAACUAAUCAACAAGAAAAUGAACGACUCAAGAGUCAAUUGGAUCAAGAGAAAACCAAACAUAAAGACACAAAGAAGGACUUGGACGAUGCGAAACGGGUACAACAAGAAGCACAACAGAAUGCUAAACAAAGUCACAAUGAAACGGAGCAGCUCAAAAUUAAGGUACGCCAUCUUCAAGAGAGAGUUGACGAUCGUCGAGAGAGGGCACGAGACUCGCAUCAUUCGCGAUUCUCUCACUCUCACUCCGAACCUCAUAGUCCUACCACUUCUAAACAGAGAGGUAAUAUCGCUGCAGCUGAAUUCACUGCCCUCAAGGAAGAAUGUUCUAGUCUGCGCAAGCGAAUCCAAGCAAUUGAAGCCGAGAUGAAAAUGUCACGGAAGGAGAACCUGCAGCUCUCUGCGGAGUACAACAAGCUUCAGGAAUCGUACAAGCAUCUCGAGGCACUCAAAGUCCAGCUGGAGAGGAAGGAGCUGGCGUGGAAAUCUAACCUCACAGAUUCGCAGAAGGAGUCGGAGCAGGCCUUGCAGGAGGUGAGACAGGUCUCUACCCCGGGGGCCGGGGACCCACCCCAGGGGGAGUCCUCAGCAGACACCCGCCUGACACAUCUUGAGCAUUCCCGGGAGGAGGUAGCCAUAUUGAUGAAGAAAUGCGAGACCUCGGUGACGAAGAUUGGAGAACUGAAAUCAGAAAUAGACAGCAUGGCUGAGGAAUAUCAUGUGUUGGCUAACAAAUCUAAGAUGCAAUCCUUCGCCUCAAGCAUACCCCUGCUGAUGCUGCUGUUCGGAAUCCUAAUGGCCUUGUACCCCUGGCUAGCCCAACUUACAGCAACCACGACUUGACCCUUGCUAAACUUCAGUAUAGACCACACCAUUUACAAUCAUUACUCUCCGACUCAACGCAGUGGCAGAUGUUACCAUGGCGACGUGUGGAAGGACUGUUGCUAUGGCAACCAGAGACAAUGUUGUAUAGAGUUGAUGUAGCAAUUUUCAUCAUCGUAGCCAUCAUGAUGACAUAGGACCAGUGUGUGUGUGUUUGUGUGUGUUAUGUCAAAAAUGGACCAAAGUACAUUUUAUAUCUUAAUGUGAAUCCAUAUUUGAUAGCAACACCACAAUUCAAUUAUCUUUUUUUUCUUUUUUUUUUUAAAUUUUGAGAAAAAUACACAUCAUAAAUCCAUUAGUUUUUGUAACAAAUUUAUCAAUGAGAAAAGUGACUGCAGUUACAUUAAGGGGAAAAAAUUAUCAUUUUAUACAAUGAAUUAAAUAAAUUUACAAGUACGAAUGUUUCUCCGAGAACACAAUUAAACAGGAUGCUCAGUCUUGUUCUUUUGGAAUAUGUCAAUUCGGAAUAUGUCAAUUCGGAAUAUGUCAAUUUCAAUCUCCAGAAUAAUUUGUGAUGCUUAAGGUUUAUUAUUGUUUAACUGAUAACUUGACCUACACAUGUAUCAAAUCAUUAGAAUAUUAUUUUAAAACUGUUGGGUUGUUUGAUUUGAUUGUUGAAAAUAAGACAAGGAAAUCUCGAGUCCAUUUAACCCUGAAUGAGAUGAAAGCACUCUUGUUCGUUGGUUGGUCGUCUGUGUGUGACUGCCAUGCAUAUUAACCAAGCUGUGAGAUGUUUAAAAUCUUUCAUUAUUGUCAUUUUGUUUUUGUAUUUCAGCCAUUUUAUUGUGAUAUUGUGUGCUUGUUGAUGAAGAGAGUCAUUUUUGUUUCACCAGGACGACUGUAUGUGCAUAAUAGUGUUAUGGAAAUGAAGUGGUCAGAGAAAAUUUAUACGAUAGUACACAAGUUAUCUCCCCUUGUUCAACAGCUUUCUUCCCUGGGACAUUCUAAAUAUCAGUGAUGGGUUAUAGAAACUCUUUUAAUGACUUUAGAACAUAAAUACCUGGUAAAUUGAUUAGCCACGAGCUUCUUAUUAUACGACCCUGUUAAGUCAUAAGAAACAGUAUACUUUGACUUGGUCUUACAAAAAUUAUGUUAUGAAUCAAUUUUAUCAAUAUUUCUGCCAGUUAUUUAAUGCUUGCAAAAAAAAAAAAAAAAAAAACCAAAGACGAUGUCGAAAGUUUAAAAUCUAUAAUUAUUGAAAUUAAAGUUCAAAUAUCAGGCAUGUCCCGAAUUGAAUAAAUAGAUAUUUGAUAGUAGUCAUCAGUUCAAAAGGUUUUACCUACCGCCUACGUGUAAAUAUUUGUAGCGAAGCUAUUUCAAGUUUGCAUUUUAACCAAUGGUGUAUUUAAUUUCUGUAGUGAAUGUAGCCCUGAUAGAGAUAUUGUAAACUUUGUGCAUUGAAUUCUACCUCAUUAGACCUCAGUCUGUGAUGUCUUGCUUUAUAACUGUGUUGGACCAUCUGUAAAAAUGAAAAGUCAUAUUGAUAUUCGCAUGUUAAGUUAACUUUGCUUACUUAACAUUUAAACUUGAAUCGUGAAUAUAUUGUCAUCAUUAUUUUCUUGAUUUCAAGCAGAAAGUUAAUCGAAAUAUUUAUAUAUAUCCAGGAUCCCAAUUUAUUUUAAUAUAUCGAUGAAAUAGAAAUAUAUAUAUACAAUUUUUGUAUAUAUAAAAUUGGUCUCAAAGAAAACUGACAUAAAGAUGAAUAAGUAAUUGGUUAAAAUAUUUAAUAUAUAUAUGCUGAAUAUUACCUAGGGAAUUAUUGGUAACACUAGCUCACAAUGCGGUGCUAACUUGUACUAAACUCAGGAGGGCUAGGGCUUGUGUGAUAGAUUUUACUCAGGGCUAGGGAAGACGUAGAUAUGUAUAGGAGAGUUAAGGUCAGGAAUUCUUUUCAAGUGUUUUGAAAAUUGCUUUUUGUUAGAAUAAUAUAUAUUUUGCAUUUUUCCUUUCAUUGUGUUGAAGCAUUCAAGAUCUAGAUAUCCCAUCACAAUUGUCUUAGUUAAUUGUGUAUUUGUAUAUAUAUGGUAGUAUAUGAGGAAUGAACAAAAAAGGGGAGGGGGGGGAUGUUGUUCUUCAAGGGGAGAUAACUUGUUUUGUACAGCAUCUCGUUUGUUUUUUGUUUGAGUUUGUGAAACUGUUGUCUGUAUGAUAGAUAAUAUUGUAUAUAUAUAUGUUACUGAAGUCUGAUCUGUGUAUAUAUGUAGAUAAUGUAUAGAUAUUAAUGGACAUUUAAUAUAAAAUUAUUUAUAUACAUUUUUUUUUCUUGUUUUGUGAAUAAUACCUGUUAAUAAGCCCUGUGAAUAGACCGUAAUACAUUAACAUUACACAGAUACAGACAGUGAGAAUUCUCACUCAUUCUGAAAGCCAAAACACUUAUGGUACAGAUGCAUGAUACAUUUUAACGAUUCACAAAUUCCUCAAAUUGAAUAAUAUGUACAUAUACUUAUAUUACGUAUAUAAUUAUGAAAUUUGAACGACAACAGUAAUCUUAAUUGAACAAAAGGCUGAAUUAAUGUUAGUUUUUGCAGAAUGAUAAAAAGGACUCCGAUGCUAGCUGUUUAAACUGCUGAUACAAAUCUGUCUCCUUCCAGUGUCUCUUUAAUGAUGGAUAUGAAUGUAUGAGAUAACGUCUCAACUGUUUAGUCUGCUCCAGAUUUAAUAAUUCCAAAAAUAUUUUGUAAAUUUAUACUUCAGUAGCAGUAGUUUGAGGUAAUUGAAAAAAAAAAUAAAUAAACAUAGUUACCUCACAGAAAUGAAAAGUGUUCAGAUAUUCAUUAAACAAUCCCUGAUGAAUUCUCUUCUGUAGAAUUAUACUUCGUUGUGAUCUUCAAAACUCACAGCUGUUAUAUUGACAAGAGUGUGGCAUGUAUUUUUUUUGAAGUCUUCCCAUGUACUGAUAUGCCAGUUUGUAGUGGUCACUGUUGGUUAGUAGCUGCUAAGUCUAGAAUUUAUCCACAGAAAACAGGAUAUAAUUACUAAUUAUGAAAAUAGUGCUAAAUUUUACAGUUAAUACUUGGCAGAGUUGCUGCAUCAUACAACUCUAGUGGCCAUUGUAUUGCACAAUGUCAACUUCUGUUGGAUGAUUUAGGUUUUCAGUGAUGAAACCUAGACAUGUAACCACACAAAACUAGCAAAAUAUCUUAUAUAUAAAUAAACUUAAACUUGGCAGGGUUUUAAAUUUGCAGUGUUUUCCCAGUUUACGCUGUGAUAUUGUGGCCACAGACAUGAGUCUGAGUUAAGUGUAUGUUUGUCUUUAUACACAUUCAAACUAUUCAAUUCAAACUCAAAAGUGACUUUGAAAAGUAUUUGUGAUUGACAACUACAGACCACACCUACAGUGUAGGAAUAACCCCAGUCAAUUCUACACUUGUUCAAUGUGUUAUUGUGUAGUCUAUAAAGUGUUGCUGAAAAACUGAUAAAAUAGUGAAUAUUUUACCCUUGAGGAAGAUAUUUACACAAAAAAUAUGAUAAUCGUGAACCAGCAAUAGCCAUACGUAAUAUGCUUCCUAAAUAUCUGUCUGUCGUAAUUUCAAAUUGACCUUGACUUUGAAGAGGGAGUCUACACACAUAAUGAAUUAUCACCUUGUAAUGCAUAUUUAUGUGAGAAUGUUCACGAUUUGUUAAACGGUGAUGGACAGAGAAACAUUGUCACAAGAUGUGACUAAACUGUCCGUAAGCUUAUAGUGCUAAAAUAAAUAAUUCACUGCAGUAUAACCGAUUUAUUAAAUAAUUUGUAUAUGUUAAGUGAUUGUUCUUAACAUUGGACUUACACAAGCUGAUGGUGGUUCCUAACAUUAAUGACCAAUGAAAUAUAUAACUAUAAAAAAUCAGUUUGUGAUCAUGUAGUAGGUUAGCUAUAUACGAUCAUAUUUGUGUGGUAUUAUCAGUGCCAUGGUAACCGGCUCUUCCCUCAACUCUGUGCCUUACUUUGCUUUCUCAAUCAGCAUUGAAGUUUCUGUCAAAAAGUAUAAAAAUAGAUAUGUUCUGGAAUAUGGAAGCAAUUUGGCUGAAAAUUAUCAACUGUUUUUUUUUUUUUUAAAUUUUUUAAUACAUCUUAAAACCAUUUACCUAAUACCGGUAUAUCAUACUAUAAUUAUUUAUCAUAAAAACUUUGUCGCGACUAAAAUUGACAUAGUUUGUCGUAACAUGAACACAAAAAGGUGCUGAUUUACUUGGGACCAUUCAUUUUACAGAGAAAAAAUAAAUGCUCACGACUUGAUUCUUUGAUUAAUAUAAAAGAUGUGGCAUGUCACUGUUUCUACCCUCAUCAUUGUCGUGAAGUUGUGUAUUUCUUUCAAAUCCUAAACAUUUCGAGAAUGUUAGUAAAUGAGAAUAUGUGUGAACAUUAUCAUCAAUUUUGUGAGAGAUUCGAGAAAAUGGAUUUUAUGUGACUAGCUAGAGAGACUUUCAGACAUAGAAAAGUAUUUCUGAAAGAAGACAAACUCUUAAGAUUUUUAACAAUAAUUGCUUAUCUCGUAAGCAUCAGUCAAGAAUUCAUCGCCUUUAAAUCUGGAACAUGCUAUUUUUUAAUAUGUUGUGUUGCAAUGACACAGUUUAAAUAAAUAUUCACAGAUUUUUUUUUUUAACUACAGAAGGUGUCACUCAUUUCAAUUUCCCAUGAUGCAUUGUAAUUUAGUUAUUUAAAAGGCAGCAUUGUAAAAAAUGAUUUCACAUUUGUAAUAUUUGUCUUGCUUUCCAUCAAUUUAAACAUGUCAUUUAUUUUGUGACAUCCCAUAAUGCUACUUGUUUCCUUCAGUCAGAAGGAAACUGAUUUUUUCUAUUUCUUAAUUUUCUAUCUUAAAGAUUUCAAUUAAACUUUCAAUCUUGAUCUGUAUCUUUAUGUGCUUUUCGUUAAUGACAGUCGACAUUAGAUUCAUAAUUUGGCUCAGAAAAAUGGCUGAACCUUUCUGAACUUGGGGAAAAUCAAAAAUCAAAAA